AUGAGAAUCGCCGCCAUACUGCUAUGUUGGCUGGCGACGCUGGUGCUAGCUAAGGAGCGUCAGCUGUCGGCCGACACGCUCGUCACCUGCAUGCAAAACUCGUCCUUCACAGCCGACUUUUUCGACGUCAAGUUCUUUCCCGACAACAGAACCGUCGACUACAAUAUCCGGGCCAAGACUGACAUUUCCGGCCGGGUCUACGCCACCCUGGACGUGUGGGCCUACGGAUUCAUGGCCUACUCCGUCAAGGUAGACCCCUGCACGAACGACAAGCUGCAACAGCUGUGUCCCAUGUACCCCGGAAACAUUGACCUGGAGUCCACUGCCACACUGUCCAAGCACGAUGUGGACCAGAUUCCCGGAGUGGGAUUCACCUUCCCCGAUAUCGAUCUCAUGAUUGUGGGAAGUGUAUACAUGCUGGACACGGACAAACGUGUCGCCUGUAUCGUCAUCCAAAUGACCAACGGCAAAACCGUAGAGCACACUGCCGUCAAAUGGGUCACCGCCUGCAUUUCCGGUCUCGGGCUGCUGGUGGCUGCGUUUGCUGCCACCUUUGGAAACUCCAUCACUGCCUCCCAUAUUGCAGCAAACUCCGUCUCUCUCUUCAACUACUUCCAGGCCACCGUCAUUCUGACCAUGCAGGCCGUGCCCCGAGUGCCCCCCAUGGCUGCAGCAUGGGCCCAAAACGUUGCCUGGUCUGUCGGUCUCAUUCGAAUCACCUUCAUGCAGAAGAUUUUCAGAUGGUAUAUCCAGUCAACGGGCGGCAACCCCACUCUCUACUUGACCCACAAGACCAUUUCCAUUCUGGUCCAGCGACGAAACCUGUUCGUCGAGCGCGUCACUCGACUUAACCCCGUGCUCGGAAAGGUCGUCAACCACAUGUUCAUGGCCACCUACGACGCCGCCUCCAACGUGUACAGAAACACUGACCGGUACACUCGUAACCUGGUCAGCUACCAUCCCUCUGGUGUUCGAGCCCGUGACCUGGCACCUGACCACGUCAUGAACCUGCUCUCCAAGCGAGCUCAGCUCGAGGAUAUCUCGCCCGAGUCCUCUUCCACCCUGCUGGUGCUCAGAGGUAUUCUGCGAGUCAUCUACGACGCUCACAUCGAGCAGACCUCGGGAACCAUCACGUCCUUCACCUUCUUUGUGCUGUUUGGCAUUCUGCUGGGUAUCUGUUUCGGCGUCUUCAAGCUCUUCCAGCUGUGUCUGCAGCGAAAGCGAGGAGGAGAAGCCGCCCCCAACAUGUACUAUGGAGACAACUCCCAGCAGAAGGAGCAUGACCAGGACGGAUACAGACACGACUACUACGCCAGCUCGGAGAGACUGUUGCUGAAGGGAGCUCUUUCGCGAACCCUGCUGCUUUUCUGCCCCCAGCUACUCGUCUUCUCUCUGUGGGAGUUCUACACUCGAGACUCUGCUGCCGUCAUUGUUCUGGCCUGCUUCUUCCUGGUGCUGACCCUCGGUGUUCUCUGCUUUGUGUGUUUCCGGGUCGUCUACUUUGCUCGAAAGUCGAUUCGAGAACACAACACCCCUGCUUACCUGCUGUUCGGCAACCCCCGAAUUCUCAAUCGAUACGGCUUCAUGUAUCUGCACUUUAACGCCAACCACUACUGGUACUGUGUGCUGCAGCUGGCCUACACUUUUGUCAAGGCUAUUUUCAUUGCUUAUGGCCAGCAGUCUGGUAAGACCCAGGCAAUGGCCAUCUUUAUCAUUGAGCUCUUCUACUUUGCUCUGCUGUGCUGGCGAAAGCCGUACAUGGACAAGCGAACUAACGCACUCAACAUUGCCAUUUCGCUUGUGACUCUGAUCAACUCUUUUCUAUUCACAUUCUUUUCGCGCAUCUACGGUCAGCCGGCGUCAGUGUCGUCGGUCAUGGGCGUCAUUUUCUUCAUUCUUAACGCCGCCUUUUCGCUGGUGUUGUUGAUCAUUGUUAUUGUCACUUGUACCAUUGCCAUCUUGUCCAAGAACCCCGACAAGCGAUACCACCCCGCCAAGGACGACCGAGCCUACUUUAUGCCUAACCAGGACGGUCUGCAUGGUGACAACGAGUUCAACGCCCUCGGUAACGCUGCCCAGGAGGGCCACGAUCUGCCUUUUGAGGAGGAGAUCCGAGACAACGAUGAUAGCAACUCAAUGCUGGGCGUUGAGACCAAGAGUAGCGAUGAUCUGAGCAUGCAGCAGCAACUGCACCAUAACAACCAUAGUCGCCACAACAUGCGUGACUCUUUCCGAGAUUCUUUGCCUUCGGGUGCCUCGUUUGACUCCAGGGAUGCUCCCCAGCAGGAAACGAGAAUUAUUUAG